CAACGUCUUAGCGCAACGGCUGCCCUUGUCAUUCCCAUGUGGCUUGUUAAAAUUUCUCGUGCCGCGCUGCGCUGGUGCAGCAGAAAAAAGCAACUUAUAGACUCGGCGCUGCAGCCCGUUUUACCCGUCGCGUAUGGAGUUGGUCACCACUAUGGUACUGAGCCCAAGGGGCAGGUUAUCGUCGUUGGUACAUGAGCCGAAGUAGUCGGUUUGCUUGGAAUGAUGAUGGGCCGUUUUGGUCGACGAGUUGGGUCUCAUUUGCUUUUGCGUGGACGCCACGUUCUACCCGAAAAGGUGAGGAGGUUUAAUCAACGACAACCACGCGGUCUCACGUUGCGAGUCGCAGUGCUUUCCCUUUUCUGUUCGGCUCUCGCUUUCGUCUUGUCUUUAUUAUAAAGUCAUGGCCCAUUCUCGCGUCUCUGACCUUGGCAUCCCAUCCUGUCACCGCUCCAUCUCCAAUCUUCUUCCCAACCCUGACAGUCAUCAUGGGCUCUGAACUCGGCAAGACCGUUGAUACCAAGCCACAGGUCCGCCUCAAUGGCCUCGGCAUCUUCUGGCUCACCUUUGGCAUCGCAUGGACUCUGAUCCUGCUUGGCGGCAUCGCCUUCCUAUGGAUCCGCCGCAACAUGCCCAUUCUCCGCAUCCGCGGUCUGCCAUUGUCCAUUGGUGCUGUGCUGCUUAUGCAUGUCUACUGGUUCUGUGUGACGACUGGUUACGUCUACGGCCCAGUCAUGCCAGAGGUUACUGAGUACUGGAUCAUGGGCCUCUGGCUGCCCUUUGGCGUGGCCUUGUUCCAUGCAAGCAACAGCCGCUUCCUCUACGUGGCCAACGCCCAGAAGAAGUUCUCCAAGCAGAGCACAGAGCCGUACCGUAUCUAUACCCGCCGCCCUGGCCGUCUGUCUCUGCGUGAAUCCAUCAAGAUGUGGUGGAUCCAGCUCGACUACUCUAACAAGACGCUCAUUGUUGUUAGUGUCGGCAUGGCCUUCCAGGCUUUCAUGACCAUCUUCAUCUACCUCAUCUCGCGCAAGUUCCACAGCGACUAUGGCAUCCCCGGCACCGAAGUCACCGGAACGCCAAUGGAGAUUGCAGUUCAGCAGGGCCGCGGCUGGGAAUGGUGGCCAACUUGCUUCUGGCAGCUCGGCUGGGCCUGGAUUGUCGCUCCCAUCAUUCUCUUCCGUUCCCGCAAGAUCGCUGACACCCAGGGCUGGCGAUUCCAGACCAUUGCCUGCUGCAUUGCCGGUCUUCCCGCUGCACCCAUGUGGCUCAUUGCCCUGUAUGUGCCGGCCAUGGCUCCUGUCAACAACUACUUUAUCCCUCCCAGCUGGAUUGCCGUUUCCAUCAUGUUCUUGGAAAUCUUCACCAUCUUUGUCCCCAUCUACGAGGUUGUGAAGCAGCGCAACCUCACCAGCGAGACUCUCGAGUCCAUUGCCCGCUGGGAAUCUCGCCAGCGUCUCGGUGCUACCAAGGGCGUCAAGUCUCUCAACUCGGACAUCUCAGGAACUACAUGGAACUCCCGCAAUAGCCGUGCCACAUCUAUUGGUACUAGCUCGGGAGGCAGUAUCUUGACAAUGGAUGCGCUGGAGCACACACUUGACAAGAACCCUGAGCCUCUCCAGGAGUUUUCUGCACUCAAGGAUUUCUCUGGUGAGAAUGUUGCCUUUUUGCUGCGUGUUCGUGACUGGCGAGCUGCUCACUUUGCUGUUGCCAAGAAGGAGAUUGGCGAGGAGGAGAAGAACACACCCAUCAUUGCCAUUACCCGCGAGUGCUUUGAGGGUGCUCUUCACAUCUACUUGGACUUUAUCAGCGCCACAAACGCCGAAUUCCAGCUCAAUCUUGCUUCAGGAGACUUUGCCAAGCUCAAGCAUACCUUUGAAGAGGCUGCUCAGGCUGUCUGUGCGGCGACUGUUGCCUCUGAUCCUGCCACGCCCUUCGCCAACGAGACUCCUCGUUUGGCCUCAGAGAUUCUCAACUACACGGGCGAGAUCCCCUUUGAAUUUAAUGAACAUGUCUUUGACGAUGCUGAGCUGAGCAUUAAGUACCUCGUCUUGACAAAUACCUGGCCCAAGUAUAUCCGCCAGCGCCGCUCUUUUGACGCAUCCAGUGUUGACACUGUUUGAGUUUGCACUUUGAUGAAUUCUAUUUAUGCAGAGGAGUUUUAUGGACAGCGAUGGGUUUCAACAGUACAAAACAUACCCAAAGUUUUAUGUGUAUUUUAAUGCAGUCUAGUGUUAUUUCUCUUCUACAGUCACACCUUUUUUUUCCUGGAUACUCUCAAAAGAAAUCGUAAAUUUAAUUUCUAAAACAAUUUACAAUCAUCG